UUGUGGAACAUGAAGUAUUGACCAACAGUUGGCCGGAAAAUAGCUUCCUUCGAAUCGUGGUGCAGAUUUUUUCACUAAAAUGAGUUUUUCGGAGUACAAAGAUCGAAUAUCUGAAGGGGAUACAGUUAUCGUCUUUCUGGGAUUUAAUUCAAUGCAAAGUGUGAUAGUUUCGUCUAAGAAAGUUCAUCAAACGAAAUAUGGCGCUCUUCCUCAUGCGGACAUGAUUGGAAAACGUUUUGGUUCAAAGAUGCAUACAAUGAACAACAAAGGAUGGGUCUAUCUUCUCCACCCAACGCCAGAACUUUGGACCAUAAAUCUACCACACAGAACACAGAUUCUCUAUCACACAGAUAUCAGUAUGGCAGUCAUGCAGCUUGAUAUUAAGCCAGGGUCUGUCRUUGUAGAAUCUGGUACUGGAAGUGCUUCCAUGACACAUGCACUGAUAAGAACUGUAGCACCUUCAGGACAUGUGCACACUUUUGAAUUUCAUCAAGAAAGAUGUGAGAAAGCCAGAAAAGAAUUCCAAGAACACAAGGUUGACCACCUUGUAACUAUCGAGCACAGAGAUGUUCUUAAGGAUGGGUUUCAAUUGGACAACAUAGCUGACGCAGUCUUCCUGGAUCUUCCUUGUCCCUGGGAUGCUAUUCCUACUUCAAAACAAGCUUUUAAGAAGAGUGGUGGACGCUUGUGUUCAUUUUCUCCCUGCAUUGAGCAAGUUCAGAGAACCUGUGAAGUGCUGACAAAGGAGGGUUUUAAAGAUAUACAAGUCAUGGAGUGUCUGUUAAGAUCAUAUGACGUCAAACCAGUAACGAUACAAGAAGCAGACUUUGGUCCUACCGUACCACAGGUCUCAGAAAAAGGGAAUAAUUCGCACAAUAAAAAACGGAAAUUAGAAGAUACAGAAGACACAGUUCCAGAGGGUGAGAAUAGCGACUCAAAUGGUAAUAAAGAACCCACAGACGAAGAGAAAAAGACACAUCAAAAUUAUCAUCCAAAAGUAGAAAUGAAGACAUUGAUGACUGCCAGACCUGUCCGAGACGUACCUGGCCACACUGGAUUCCUUACCUUCGCUACACUCUUUCAUAAAUAGGUAUCAUAUUACUAUACUAGAUAGCUAGAUAUUUAUCAAAUAUAAUCCUUGCUUUUUUUGCUUUUUUAUGUUUCUUUGCUCAUUAGAGACGGGGGAUUUUUCAUUUAUAUGGCGUCAACAUGCUUUUGAAAUCUGUUGCAAAGAUUUUGUAGGCAUGGGUGUUUCGCGUUGUGUCUCUUAUCGACGUUCCUUUUUCUCUUCCUCUCUCUCUCUCUCCCUUCCCUUUCCUCUCCGGUGUCUGUCUGUCUGGCUGGCCAUCGGCCCUCUAUCUCUUUCAUUCUCUUACUUCAUUCUUCUUCAUCUCCACCUUUCUAUUUAUUUGAAACUUAAAUAUAAAUGUAUAAAUGACAUCAUUAGUAUUCCCACCUUUAGAUGCGUUUCAAAAUGGCUCUUGUUCUCUUUCUAGGGUAUCUCUUGUUUUUGUGAGUUUCUUUUCUUGUUCUUUCUCUCCUUGUUUCAAGAAUUCCAAUUCUUUAACUUUAAAGGUUCUGUUACACGUUGAAACUUUUAGCUGAGACAUGUGGUGCAAAGCUGUUGCGAGACAAGUUUCACGAGGGUGUUACGCGGCGCAAUUAAGGCCCUGCCUAAACGAGGAAACAAGUUUCCAGGAAUAUGUUUCCCGCGCGCAUGUUCCCCGAUAAUCCCAAGUUUAGCCACAUGCGAAACAUUGCUACGUGCAACAAAUUUUGCUUCCAAGACGCAAAAAUGUUUAUGCUGUGCGGCAGAAACAUUUCAUGCUUCCGAGACGCAUGGAAACAA